AUGGCUCCUGCGGUAUUGACUGGCCUCCUUCCUCUAUGUGUGUGUCUCCUGCUGGCACCUGGCUUUGCCCAGGCAGGCAAGCUGCUGGUCAUACCCAUGGAUGGGAGCCACUGGUUUACCAUGCGAUCUGUUGUGGAGAAACUCAGCCACAGAGGGCAUGAGGUGGUGGUGGUCAGGCCAGAGGUGAGUUGGCGCCUGGGACAAUCAUCCAAUUAUACUGUCAAGACUUAUUCCUCAUCUUACACUCUGGAGGAUCUGAAUGAUCAGUUCCGGAUUUUCGCUGACUCUCAGUGGAAAACUCGGGAUCAAAGUGUAUUUGCCCUGAUAAUGAAUCCAUCAAACACUAUUUUUAAAUACUUUUUUUCAAAUUGUAGGAAUUUGUUUAAUGACAAAAAAUUAGUAAAAUACAUAGAAGAUAGUUCUUUUGAUGCGGUGUUUCUAGACCCUUUUGACAUGUGUGGCUUAAUUGUAGCCAAGUAUUUUUCACUCCCGUCCGUGGUCUUCACCAGAGGGCUGUUUUGCCACUAUCUUGAAGAAGGUGCGCAGUGCCCCAGCCCGCUUUCUUAUGUUCCAAGGUUUCUCUUGGGGUUCUCUAAUGCCAUGACCUUCAGGGAGAAAGUUCGGAACCUCAUCUUCCACCUGGAGGAACAUUUGCUUUGUGGCUAUUUUCUCAAAACUGGUUUAGAAGUUGCCUCUGAGAUUCUCCAGACGACUGUCACAGCUUAUGACCUAUUCAGCCAACCAUCCAUUUGGUUGUUACGAACUGACUUUGUUUUGGACUAUCCAAGACCUGUGAUGCCCAACAUGAUCUUCAUUGGCGGCAUCAACUGCCACCCGGGAAAGCCAUUGUCACAGGUGAGUUACCUCUAG